CUCAAGUUUUUUUCACCAUUUUCUCUCUCUAGAUCUAAAUUUACACAUACCCAUUUUCCCCCUUUUACCUAAAAAUCCCAUUCUAGAUUCUUGAUUUCACAUUUUUCUUUUUUACAAUUUAAUAAUAAAGUUACAAUCUUUUUGGGUUUUCUUGAUUUUUUUUUGGCAGAUGGGGUAUUGAAAGGAAGCAUCACAUUGUUAGUUUACCUUUUUACCCCCCAAAACAACAAGAAGAAGAGGAGAAUUAUGAGUGCUUCCAGGUUUAUUAAGUGUGUUACAGUGGGUGAUGGUGCUGUUGGCAAGACUUGUUUAUUGAUUUCUUACACAAGCAAUACUUUCCCUACGGAUUAUGUUCCCACCGUGUUUGACAAUUUCAGCGCAAAUGUGGUUGUCAAUGGAGCCACUGUCAACCUAGGGUUGUGGGAUACUUCUGACUUCAUUGACUACAAUAGGUUAAGACCUCUGAGUUACCGUGGGGCCGAUGUUUUCAUUUUGGCAUUCUCUCUCAUUAGUAAAGCCAGCUAUGAGAAUGUCUCCAAGAAAUGGAUUCCUGAGUUGAAGCACUAUGCUCCUGGUGUCCCAAUAGUUCUUGUUGGAACAAAACUUGAUCUUCGGGAUGACAAGCAAUUCUUCGUAGACCAUCCUGGUGCUGUGCCAAUUACUACUGCUCAAGGUGAGGAGCUAAGGAAAGCAAUCGGUGCACCAUCUUACGUUGAAUGUAGUUCAAAAACACAGCAAAAUGUGAAAGCAGUCUUUGAUGCUGCCAUUAAGGUCGUCCUCCAGCCUCCCAAGACGAAGAAAAAGAAGGGGAAAUCUCAAAAGGCCUGCUCGAUAUUAUGAUCAACUGUAGUAGGACCAACCAACGAUAUGGCUCGUCACAAUUCCCGGUGUAACAUCCCCCGGGUAAUAUCCCUUUGUCUUCUUUCGUCUCGGAGGAAAGUAGGAGGUCUUCGUUUGUCUUUAUUCGGAACUACUAACGAUCUCUCAAAAGUGUCAGGUGGCUUGGUUUUUCUGUAUAAUUGUUCACCUUGUAGGCCACUCUAGUGUGCCCUUUGUUUUGAUUUGGUUUUAUGUAUUAACAACUGAAUGAUCCCAGUUAGGAAAAACAAAUUCUUUUUGGAA